CAGCGUUUUCUGGGUGACGGUGACAGGGAGGGAAAUCAAAAAAGCAAGGUUAACAGUUUUUAUAAACGCAAAUUUGUGAAUUUGUCGAUUUUCCAGAAAUUCCAGUCAAGAUGUCAAUGAACAAGUACAUGCACCCUAGAAAUAUAUACAAAACACCCCCAGACUUCAAACAACUAGCUGCACAGUUUCCGGAAUUCAAAGGAUUCCUAAAACUAGACAUCACCGGUAAAUUGACUCUGGAUUUCAAAGAUACCAAAUGUCUCCGAGCACUAUCACAGACCCUGUUGAAGAAAGACUUCGGCUUGGAUGUAGAAAUGCCUUUAAACAAGCUCAUUCCAACUAUACCCUUACGUUUGAACUACAUUUUAUGGUUGGAGGACCUUCUCAGCCUCAGUAACGAGAAAGGAACAGUCAAGGGGAUUGAUAUUGGCACUGGGGCUUCGUGCGUUUACCCCUUGAUAGCUGCCAAAAAGAAUAAAUGGUCAAUGUUAGCCACAGAAGUGGAUGACGAAAGUUUAAAAUGUGCUGAAUUAAAUGUUAAGCACAAUGGUAUGGAUAGUCUGAUCACAGUAAUUAAAGUCAGUCAGGAUACCUUAUUGAAAGAGGUAGAUACUGAAAAGGUUGAUUUCUGUAUGUGCAACCCACCUUUCUUUGGUAGUGUUCAUGAACUCAACCCAUAUUACAGUGCAAGAAAGACAAGUAGACCUCGCCCAAAAAAUUCUUUUUGCGCAACUGUAAAUGAAGUUGUUGUACAAGGUGGGGAGGUGGAAUUUAUAACAAAACUGAUAAAUGAAAGUAAAGAACUUGGUACAAAAAUUAAGAUUUAUUCAACUAUGAUUGGUCAUAAAAAUUCACUUCCACCUUUAAAAAAGUUAUUGAGGGAAACCGAAGUGAAGAGCUUCAGUGAAGCAGAAUUUUGUCAGGGGAACACAACUAGAUGGGGACUAGCAUGGACUUUUUGUGAUAAUUUUGAUCUGAAAAAGUGUAUAAACCCUUCAAAAGCAGCUGUAAAGCCUAACAAACCAAAAAAGCCUUUGAUAUAUACACUAAAAACAAAUACAGUAGAUAUGGAGAAGCUUCAUACUGUUGAUAUGAAGUUGCAGAAAAUAUUUGUUGAUCUUGAAAUGAAUUUGCAAACAAUCUUAAAGAAGAAGAACAGUAUCCAUUAUUUGGUAGUUGCCUUCAAAAACACUUGGUCACAUCAAAGAAGGAAAAAGCGGGAAGAGAAGAGGAAAGCAAAUGAUUCUGGUGAAAAUAAUAAUGAUAUUAAAGAACCUCCUAGCCCAGUGUCUCAAAUAAUUGAGACUGAUGUGAAGUCACCUGGUAAAAGAGUGAAUGAAAAUGAGAUUGAAGGACAUUUUGUGAAGAAACUGAAAAUAUCUGAUGAUGCUGAGCCCCUAAUAGAAUUUAAUUGUGAUAUAAGUAUUUUAGGUAAUGAAAUUGUAUUACAGAUAGAUACUAUAAGUGAAAAUGAUAAUAAGGAUUACUUACAUCAAAUAAUGCAGUAUAUAAAAAAUAACUUGGAAUAGAAUUAAUAGUAUUUCAGAGUAAUGUCUAUAUUUUUAUAAGGAAUGAUUUUGUUCAACUGUAUACAUAGAUUUUUUUUGCGGGUGGUUUGAUUUACUUGAGAAGUAUUUAUUUUGUUACUGUUUGAAAUAAACAUUGAUUAUUCGAUUCAAUCAA